AUUCUCAUUCCAAGCAUGGCAAUUGCUCAUGCUGGGUACAAAUGUGAGAGUGGCACAGUCCGCAGCAGGAUGGGGCAGAGCAAUGGGAUAGGGUACAGGGAUGCAGUUGCUGACACUCUCUGCUUCCACCAGAUGCACAGUCACAUCCGAGGCCUGGGCAGGGUGAUGGUGUUCCUCGCAGCAGCUUUGGCAUCAGCCUCCCUCACCAUCCCCGAGGGCUGGGGAGAGGAAGGUGUGCAGUACAGCCAGCUGGGGACGGACGUGACCCUGUCAUGCAUCGGUGCUCGCACUGGCUCAACGGUCCAAUGGAGACGAGAUGGGGCUAUGGCACUGCCAGAAGGCUCAGCCAUCCAUCAGGAUGCCCUGGUGCUGCCACGUGCCAGCCUGGCUGCUGCUGGGACCUACAGCUGCCACGAUGAGGAUGGCAGCCUCCUGCAUACCGUGUCCCUGCAGCUGGGCCGGUGGGAGACCCUGUGUGGGGACCCCUCACUGACAGUCUCCUCCCCCCGGGCUCCAGACCUGCCGGGGGUCCCCUUUGUGUCCUGCAGAGCAUCUGAUUAUGAGAACUUCUCCUGCUCUUGGACCUCCAGCCUCGAGACCUUCCUCCCUACCAGAUACAUCACUACCUAUAGGAAGAAGUCGCUGACAGGAGAAGAGAAGCGAAGGAACAAGAGCGGGCACGUGGGGCCAUGCCUGCAGGACCCAGCACGCACAGGCACCUGCACCGUUCACCGGUCAGAGUUCUGGAGUUCCUACCGGUUGAACAUCACUGAGGUGAACCCACUGGGCUCCAGCUUCCGCCUUCUAGAUGUCACCAUGCAGGCCAUCAUUAAGCCGGACCCUCCAGAGGGCUUGGUGGUGGAACCUGUCCCCCUCGCCCCUAGGCGGCUUCACGUCAGCUGGAAGUACCCCGCAUCCUGGCCUAAGGAGCCACACUUCCAGCUGCGGUUUCGCCUCCAGUACCGCCCCGUCAUCCACCGCUCCUGGUCUGUGGUGGAGACGGUGAACCUGUCUGAGGUGAUCACAGAUGCUUUUGCGGGGCUGGAGCACGUGGUGCAAGUGAGCGCGAAGGAUUUCCUGGAUGCGGGGAAUUGGAGCGAAUGGAGCGCAGAGGCACGGGCCACGCCAGUCAGAGACCCAGCCACCAUGGUGAGUGAAGAAACCACUACAGAUGUCAGCCUGGGAAGCCUGGCUGAGGAGCCUUCACAGGCACCCAACCCUGAGCCCAUCAACCGUAAUGACCCCCUGGAGAAUACAGCCAUCCUGGUCUCCCUUGGGAUCUUUGCCUUCUUUGUCCUGGCUGCCGUUCUCGUCAUCGCCAUACUCAUCUGGCUCCGAGUGAGGAAGCAUAGCAAGGAUGAGACCAAACCCCACAACUUCCUGGUUGCUGCCACCCACUUGAAGGCUCUGCCAAGAACCCAGAUCCUGCCAUGAGCCACAGCUGACCCUGCUCCGUGCAUCCGCUUGCCAUGUACGGGACAUAACACCACUGUUGGCCCCAAGGGCCCCAUGUCACGCAGCCUCGGGCGUUGCCCCCAGCACCUCCAGCGUGCGGGAUGGACUCUAUGGACAGAAGCUGCGCUCCCAGGAUCUCUGGGCUUCCUGUGCCUGUCAGGAGCGGCUGGACUCAUGGGGAUGGGGCACCGAGCCAGCCCCUCAUCACCUCGUCAUGCCGCCUCCAUGGGGAUCAUGGGCACAGGCUCCUCCCAGGGGUGCUGGGCAUCGGUGACCGCUGAGCCCACCAGCUGUCAGCAGGCAGAAGGGAACCCUCCUUCUGUAAUCUCAAUAAAGAGGGUAGUGUUGGCACUGCCCAGACAAGACCCCUUUGCACCAGA